CGAUUAUUAAACUGAAGUUACAUUUUAACUAGCUAAAAUACCUUCUAAAAAAAGAUAAUAAUAAAGUUUUGUGACAUCAGUCAGUGCAAAGUGGUUGUAACUAAGCUCUUGUGAAAGUGAAUAAUAUUAGUGCAUUCAAGAGCACCUUAAAAUGGCCUCUGUACAGAAAAAGGAAAAGAUUGCCAUCAUUGGCAGCGGACUCAUCGGUCGAUCAUGGGCGAUGCUGUUUGCCGGAGUCGGCUACCAGGUCACCAUUUUCGACAUCAUCCCCGAGGUGGUCGAGAAGGCCCUCAAGCAAACCGAGGAAGAACUGAAAAACCUGGAAAAGAACGGUCUGCUGCGGGGAAAGCUGACCGCGGCCCAGCAGUUUAGCUGCAUCCGCGGCUCGCACAACCUGAAGGAAGCCGUGACCGGCGCGCUGUUCCUGCAGGAAUGCAUUCCAGAGGUGCUGGACAUGAAGAAGAAGCUGUACGGCGAUUUGGACGCCGUGGUCGGUUCCAACACGAUCAUCUCCAGCUCGACAAGCACGUUUAUGCCGUCGCUGUUCAGCAAGGACUUGAAGCACAAGGAUCAGGUUCUGGUGUCCCACCCGGUGAAUCCCCCGUACUACGUCCCGCUGGUGGAAAUCGUCCCGGCUCCGUGGACCAAGCCCGAGUACACCGCAAAAACCCGCGAACUGAUGACCGAGAUUGGCCAGAAGCCGGUGCUGCUGUCGCGGGAAAUUGAAGGAUUCGCGCUGAACCGAAUUCAGUACGCGAUCCUGAACGAAACGUGGCGCCUCGUGGCGGACGGAAUCCUCAGCGUCAAGGACAUCGACAGCGUCAUGUCGGAUGGGUUGGGCAUGCGGUACGCGUUCCUGGGGCCACUCGAGACGGCCCACCUCAACGCGGAGGGAAUGCUGAGCUAUUGCGAUCGGUACAGCAAAACGAUCUAUGCCGUGAGUCAAACGAUGGGAGAGACACCCCGGAUGGAGGGACCGGUAGCGCAACAGGUCGCCAAGGAGCUGGAAGAGAUGGUUGCGCUGGAUAAACUGCCCGAGAGACGUGCCUGGCGGGAUGCGUGCUUGACCAAGUUGGCUCAGCUGAAGAAGAACAUCUAGGGGGGGUUUGUGGGUGAAAUGUUCGCCAUUUUUUUGCAUUUUCUGACUACUUCAAUAAACAUCUACUAAUCGAAUAAUUUAACUUUAAA